GGCAGCAUGGGAUCAAAUACAUAACUGUCUAAAUUUAAACUGUCAAACAAUAUUUACUAAUCAAAGUUGAACUCACGUGUACGUUAUGGUAGUUUUUCUAAUUUCUAACAACGAGAAGAAAUUAAAAUUGACUUAAUACAUUAUUGAGGAGAUUUAUUUUCAUUGGUUUAUUGUAAACAAAAUUCAACAUGGGGAAGCAAAGAAAAACGAGAAAAAUAGUCGAAAAAAGGUUUGCACAAAUGAAAAAGCUCAUUAGUCCAAGUGAUAGCAGGAUAAAAGCAACAGAAAGGGCAGAGCCGAAGAAAAAGAAGAAAGUUGAUCCGCACGAGGUUAAGAUUCGAGAAGUGCCGCAAACGAGUUCCGCUCUAUUUUUUCAAUACAAUACACAACUAGGACCUCCUUAUCACAUUUUAAUCGACACAAACUUCAUAAACUUCUCUAUAAAGAACAAAUUAGAUAUCAUACAAAAUAUGAUGGAUUGUUUAUACGCGAAAUGUAUUCCAUAUGUAACAGAUUGUGUUUUAGGCGAGUUAGAAAAACUUGGACGUAAGUACAGGGUUGCUCUAAGAAUAAUCAAGGAUCCGCGCUUUGAGAGGCUUGCGUGUUUACACAAAGGCACAUACGCCGAUGAUUGUAUAGUGCAGAGGGUAACACAGCAUAAAUGUUAUAUUGUUGCUACCAAUGAUAAGGACUUGAAGAGAAGGAUAAGAAAAAUACCUGGUGUCCCUAUUAUGUAUGUUGCUCAACAUAAAUAUACUAUAGAAAGAAUGCCUGAUGCAUAUGGAGCACCUAAAGGUGCAAUAUAGUUAGUUUUUACUAGGAUAAUAAAAUUUUAUUUUAUA